CAACACACUUCUGACUGGAGAGAAGGAAGAGAGAGGACGCCAGGUAUAAGAGGCGCAAAAGUUGCUGAAGUUGGGCUUGGAGAGUCAGCUCCUUCUGUCCGCCCACCAUGGUGACAGAACAGGAAAUCGAGCAAAUUGGGCAGGUGCUGGCGGACCCCUCGCUGCCACUAACAGCCCGCUUCCGGGCACUGUUCACCCUCCGCAACGUGGGAGGCCCCGCAGCCAUUGAAUGGAUCGGCAAGGCUUUUGCGGAUGAUUCUGCGCUCCUCAAGCACGAGCUGGCCUAUUGCCUAGGGCAGAUGCAAGACGAGCGGGCCCUCCCCAUCCUCAUCGCCGUCCUCCAAGAUCAGCGCCAAGAAGCCAUGGUCCGCCACGAAGCCGGGGAGGCAUUGGGAGCUAUUGGGAACCCCAAAGUCCUGGACAUCUUAAAGCAGUAUUCCGACGAUCCCGUAAUUGAGGUCGCGGAGACGUGUCAGUUGGCGGUAAAGCGGAUGGAGUGGUUGCAGGCAUACAGAGGCGGGCCCGUUGCGGGGCCGUACCUCUCUGUGGACCCGGCGCCCCCAUCCGAGGAGGCCGAUGUGGGGAAACUGAAGCAGGUGCUGCUGGAGGAGUCACGGCCGCUGUUUGAGCGCUACCGGGCCAUGUUUGCACUCCGCAAUCUGGGAGGAGAAACCGCCGUCUUGGCCUUGGCGGAAGGCCUCCGGUGCGGGAGUGCCCUCUUCCGCCAUGAAGUUGCCUACGUCCUAGGACAGUUGCAGCAUGAUGCAGCUGUCCCGCAGCUUAUGGCCUCUUUGGAGAGCCCCACCGAGAGCCCCAUGGUGCGCCACGAGUGUGCCGAGGCCCUGGGCGCCAUCGCCAAGGCCUCCUGCCUGGUUGCCUUGCGGGACCACACCAGGGAUGCCGAGCAGGUGGUGCGCGAGAGCUGCGAGGUGGCGCUGGACAUGUACGAGCAUGAAAACAACGCCCAUGAGUUCCAGUACGCCAACACACUUGGCCAGCUCAAAGCCUCGGACUGAGCACUGGUUCCGCCCCCAUCUUUCCACACCUUUUAAAACAUCCUAUUGUUGGGAUGACGUGUCACUACUUCAGUCCCAUUUACCUUUCAUGUGUGACGAUGUGGGGGGAAAUAUUUUUCUUUUUAAUCUUUUUACUGCCUUGUACUGAAACAGUUUCCCUUGGCUUUCUUGUGAGUUUUUACUUUGAGGCUUUAUAUCACAGGCUGGAGACACUUGUAGUAAACAAAGUAACAGAGUUUAUAGCUUCUGGCUCCAACGCUUAUGGUUACAUCUGUGUGUUCUGUUACAGUCUUGAAAUCUUACAUUCAAUAUCAUUCACUUGGUUAACUUUUCCUAUCAAACUUCAACUGUUUUGAAUCAUACACUUUUGUCAGAACUAUAUUUUGCCUUAAACAACACUGGCACUUCUUUAUUUUCCUUAAAACUUAAGCUCCAUUUUCCUAACUGCUUUUCCCUCACAGAAGUUCCUAACUGUACCUCACAAACAGGAAUCCCUAACUAACCUCACAAACAGGAAUUCUUAACUCACUCUUCUGAUUUUCUAACUGCCUAUUUUUAAACUUAACUCCGCCCCUUUGGAAUGUUCAGCUCUCUUCUCUCAACUGCCAUUCUGACUCAGUGGCCUUUUCAAAUCCUGGCCUGCACUCAUCUGCAUACGACCAAUCGGCUGCACAUAUGCAAAUUAAUCUUGCCUCUACUGUUGCUACCCUAUUUAUGCCAAUUCAGCCACCUUGCAACAUAGAGCUAUACAUCAAAAUUUUAACAUAGAUCAACAAAUUUGCCUCAUAUUCUCUUUUAAGUUAUUGCCUUUCUCUCGGUGAAGGGGCCUGGUGGCAUUGAGGGUCCAAGAACUCCAUUUUGGUAAUGGUAGCCAUUUAAAAUAAAACUUUUGUAGAGUUUGGCAACAUCCCUUUUAUGGACUUUUAUGGUGGGCUUCCAAGUAUUGUAGCCCAGUCUGGUCACUUUUGCGGACUCUCGGGGGAAAGCCCAUUGCCUUUCUGUAAGAAAACGGGAAAAUUCCGAAUGCGAUCAUGGGCUUUGGGAACAAUAUCUCAAUAGCUGGCAAUGGGAAAAUGCAUCUAUAUGCUGCUAUGGGCAAGUAGUAACUUCAGGAGCAAUAUCUCAAUCCAUGGCAGUGGGGAAUUUCAUUUGUAUGCCACUAUGGGGAAAUAAAAGCUUAAGGUGCAAUAUG